UUUUGUUUCAGUCCCGUUUCCCUCCAUGGUUUCUCCUCUCUCCGACUAACUUAGCGUUUGGCUCAGUUCAUUAUACAGUCCUAUAUUCUCCCUCCAUUAGGGCAUCUCUGCCUUUGGACUGAAGAUCCCCCCAAAACCCAAGAGAGAAAAGUUUUACUUUCAUAGGGCAAGAUGGACAUGAAAAAGAGGAUCCACUUGGAGCUAAGAAACAGGACACCGUCUGAUGUACGAGAACUUGUCCUUGACAAUUGUCGAUCAGUUGAAGGAAAAAUUGAAGGCCUCACCGCUGAGUUUGUCAACCUGGAAUUCCUCAGUUUGAUAAAUGUUGGCUUAAUGUCAGUCUCCAACUUGCCCAAACUAGGAAAACUCAAAAAGCUGGAGUUGAGUGACAACAGAAUCAGCGGUGGCCUUGAUGUUUUAGCAGAGAAACUACCCAACCUCACACAUCUAAACCUGAGUGGCAACAAAUUGAAAGACAUUAGCACAUUGGAACCGUUGAAAAAGCUGGUUAACCUGAAAAGUUUGGACCUGUUCAACUGUGAAGUGACAAACCUGAAUGACUACAGAGAGAGUGUGUUCAAGCUGCUGCCGCAGCUCACCUACCUGGAUGGCUAUGACAUGGAGGACAGGGAAGCCUCUGACUCUGACGGAGAGGUGGACGGAGACGGUGUAGAUGAUGAUGAAGACGAAGAGGGAGAGGAGGAGGAAGAUGAGGAUGGUGAGGAGGAGGACUUUGACGAGGAAGAGGAUGACGAGGAAGAUGAAGAGGAGGUAGAAGGAGAAGGUGAAGGAGAAGUGGAUGGAGAAGAAGACGAUGAUGAGGUCAGCGGAGAAGAUGAGGAGGAAGACGUUGGUCAGGAGGGGGAAGUAGAUGAAGAAGAUGAUUUUGAUGAGGACGAAGACGAAGCAGAAACUGCCAAAGGGGAGAAGAGAAAGCGAGACCCAGAGGAUGAGGACGACGAUGACGAUGAUGAAGACGACGAUUAAGAGCAAAACUGAAAAUGGGAGCCUACCGCGUUACCCUUCCUCUCCCACAAACCCGAACGUCCGCCCUCCUACAACUCACACCGCCUUUGUAAUCCAUGUUUCCCCCCCCCCCCCAGCUCUGAGCUCUUUUUAUGGGGCAAGACUGUACCGGAUGGGUGGGCCGAGUGGAGCUGCCACACCCUUUUUUUCCCUCCCCCCUCAUGGACUGAGAGCCACCCAACACCCUCCACCUCACCCACCCCACAGCCCAGAGGUUCUCAGGCAGCCCAGCACUCAGCAUUCCACAAUUUCACUGUCGAUCCCUCUUUAUGUAUUCCUGUGUGAGGACUUUGGGACUGGUAUCUAGUUUUGGGUCUGUGCUUUUAAUAUUUUGUUGGAUGAAUUUUUUGUUGUUGGGUUUAUUAUUUCUCAAUUUGUUUGUCUUUUAUUAUUUUUUUUCUGUUCCUUACUUUUCCCAAUAAAAUUAUUGCUAUAGCAGCUGUGCAACCAGCGAGCCAUGAUUUUUAGUGUGGCCGCCUGUUGCACAAAUCAAGGUUGUAGCUACAUUUUUACUUUCUGUAUGACAAAAAAACAACUUUGUAAAUAAAAUGUUAACAUUUUCUGCCUUUUGUUUUCUGGUGUCCCGAAAUGAACGUAAAGGGACAACAUGACAUACCUUUUGCUGUUCUGUGUAUUUUGUUUGGCGACUGUAGUCCACAGAAAAGCUUUAUGUCUAGUCUUAAAAACAGUUAACAAGUCUCUCAUGAUACAAUACUCUUAUUUGCCCAUUUGUAAGUGGAAAUAGCCAUUAGUCGCUGUAACCAUUACUCCUCACAAUACUUGUGAGAACUCUUUUCUGGUGCGUCCAAUGUAAGAGAUGGGGGACAAAAUCCAGCCGUAAUCUGUGUAAAAUGCUUUCUGAAAUUCAUCCAUUCCUACUGUAUGAGGCAUUCACAGUCUGAGAAAGUUAAAUUAAGUGUUUGUGUUUUUAAUAUGAAAACAAAAGUGAUAUUUUUUUUUAAGACAAGAAGAUUCACUUAAUUUGACUAACUCCGACUGCCAACAUCUCAUAUUUGCUUUCGUUGAAUGCCUUUUUGCACAGAAUGAGGACGACAGAUUUUGGCCCCCCAACUCUAACUUUGGAGUAGGAAGGGAUCAUUUCAUGGCCAUUAUGGACAAGGAAAGUGGCUUGAUAAGCCCUUGACAAAGCGAUGUCUGCUUGGGGAACUCCUCAGCACAGCCUUCAUUAUGGCUCUGAGCUGUCAAAUCUUUGCUGCGUGUUUAAUUUAAGUAUCUUUUCAGAGGCUGAAUUGUUGAGGAUUUCACAAGAAUAAAAGAUAAAACAAAAAAACAUUUUGUUUAUAGCAAAAUUAUAGUAUGUUUUUGUCUUUCGUAUCUUGUUAAUAAAUUAAUGACCUCA